UGCCCACGAGCGCGUCUCAACGCCGCUCCGUGUAUGGCAUAGACCUCGUUCCACACGGUAGGUCCACAGCCGCCUUUACGCAGGCACGAAACAGCAACAGCAGUCCGCACGUCACACAGCUAUCGCGAAUGUGAAGACGAUUGCGCAUUCACGGCAGCACAGCACAGGACAGGCAUCCAGCGACGGACUGCUGUAAUCCCUGCUACCUCCAUCUCUGUUAUCGACCUCACCUUCCGUUCGCAUCUCCUCAAGCCUCUUGACCUGCACUGACUACAGCAAUGCUGACUUCGGUCUUCCCGCUGCUCUUCGCAGCGCAACUUGCGGCAGCGCAACUCUUGUCACAGGGCAAGCAGCAACCACUGCAAGUGCCGACGGCGUGCCAGCUUCUCGCCGCUACCUUCCCGGACUCAGUUGCCAAGAUCAACGAGAAGCAAUACAAAGAGAGCCAGAGUGCAUAUUGGUCAGCACAACAAGCCUCCCUUCAACCAGACUGCCGCUUCUACCCCAGGGGCGCGCGAGAGAUCCAAGAAGCACUAGCCGAUAUCCUGCUCCCCUACAAUGUCACUAUCGCAGUUACUUCCGGUGGUCGGUCUUCAAACACUGGCGCUUCGAACGUUCAAGAUGGAAUCACCAUCGACAUGUCCAGACUGAAUCACACAUAUUUGGUCGAUGACGGCCAAGCUGUUGCCAUCGGAGUUGGCGCUCGCUGGGGCGAUGUUUACAGAACGCUCGCCAAGUACAGCCUAACAGUGGCAGGUAGCAGAAUAGCUGACGACCAUGUGGGAGGCCACGCUCUUGGCGGUGGUAUCUCUUGGUUCGCGGACGAGCACGGCUGGACAUGCGAUGGCAUGUACGAGCUGGGCCUUGUAACUCCGCAAGGCCAAAUCCUGUGGGCGAACGAGCACUGGAACGAGGAUCUCUUGUGGGCUGCAAAGGGAUCCUUAGGGACGUUCGGUGUCGUGACCGAGAUCAAGCUUCCGACUAUCAAGAAUCGGAAUAUGUUUGGUGGCAUCACGACUCAUGCAGCAGAUCAGGCUCCACUGCUGUUCGAAGCAUUGCAAGCAACGGCUGACCAUGCCAACAAUGACCCAGCGCAGUCUGCGUACCUCUCUUUUGGCCGGCUCCCAGGCAAGAAGGACUGGCGAUAUAGGGCACAUCUACUGAACACCGAACCUCGAAAGCAAAACAAGGCUCUGGAUAUGUUCAUGAACGUACCCUCGCGUAGCAACAGUCUCCGUGCCGCAACGCUUAUAGACAUCGCAGAGGAGAACGCAAAGCACAAGACCCCGGGUCUGCGUCGCUUGAAGUUCACUCUGACCGCCAAGUCUUCCCCCAAAACCAUGCAGGUCCUGCACGAUAUCAUCAAGGCAUACACCACCAAGCUGGUCUUCGAUGGCAAAGCCCAAGUCAUCACGACUUAUGAACCAAUCACAGUGCCUCAUCUCCAAGCAGGCUCUUCACAGACCAAUAUCUUUGGUCUUCAUUACGCAGAUGGUCCCUUGCUUCUCGUUUCAAUUGAGUUCUCCUGGAGCGACAGGCAACGAGAUGACUACUUUGAGCAAGAAGCGCGGAAACUGAGAUCCGCGAUGCAACAGGAAUUGACAAGCUUGCGUGCUCUACACAAGUUCAUCUACCCGGCAUACGCCUCCCUAGAUCAGGAUCCCUUUGCCGGACUCGCACCAUACGUAAAGGGCAUGUUGAGGGAAGUCAAGAAUCGAUACGAUCCAGACGAGCUCUGGAAAAAGCACGUCCCAGGUAUCUGGCAUGUCUGAACUAGCGAGAAAUGGUCAAUUGUCUCUUGAUCCAAUGCCGUCGCUCUCCGGCAUAUCACACGCACAUGAUUGUGCGCACGAAACCACUCUGCGCCAAGCUGGACGAUGAACAGGACAUCUCGCCACUGGCAGUAUGGGACCUUUGACCCGACGUCAAGACCUGCCUACGUUCAACGAAAGCUCAAUAUCGUGCGUCAAAAAAGAAGAAAGCCGGGGAUGCUGCAAGGAUGCCCGCAGACGAAGGGCAGUCACGUUGUCCAGCACUCACAGGAUUCAGACAACGCCCAAACAAGAAGUACCCGAUGACCAGGUGAAACAUCAUCUCAGGCCUUGAAAGUAAAGAUCAAAUACCGAGUAAUCGAUGUCGCCAACAAGCUUCGUCUCUUCGCAGACGCCACCAUCAAAGCAACAGGAACAGCCGACCACAAUCAAGCUCAAGAACAAACGAAGAAGCUGCAGCACCUUUGCAUUUAAUCAUAGUGUCACGCCUGGUUGCACGUUCGCUUUCUUCGUCGACCCCCACCUCCCAGCCACGUCUGCCAAGGCCUACAUCCCAAGCCUCUCUGCAAAAGCUUCGACUGGCAGCUAAGCCUUACAAGAGGGCUGCGAUACGAACUUCACAAGGAGAUACUAAAUGUGAAUGUGGCAAGAAAACAAAAGUUAAUCGUGCCGG